CCCGACCACCACAUCGGUAGCUUGUUAGCGGGACUCUCCCCACCCGUUCACUUCUUGCUUCUUGCUGUUUGGGACUUCUGAUCUUGAACGCACUCAAGUUUCGCGCAUAUACUCCAAAUGGCGGAGGAUUUUGCUCAGGACUCGGUAUUUCUCUCGUCGCCCGCUUCUCCGGAGCAGUUCAGGCCGCAAGGGUUUCCGCUUCAGUUUGAUGACGGUGGUGGUCUCAAGAGGAAGCAGUCACUCGAUCCUGUCCAGAAAUCUCGACACGCAGACUCUCAAAGAAGCCGUCUCUUUUUCGGCACUAAGCCAGCAUUGGCUCGAGCUGACAAGCCGCUGAAGAACGCGAUCAAUCUCCCCCGCAAGAAUUUGUAUGUAGACCCUCAGCAUGGAGCCGCUCGCGACGUGAACGAGAAGCUACUUCCGAGCAAUGGACUUGGCCACGGACCCGGGCGUGCUCUGUCCCCACCGGUGUUGAACGCUUUCUUCCAUGGCGCAGUCAAACCGGCAACUCCUCGACAAAUGUCAUUGAAACGGACAGGUAGAAGUCUGCAUCAGAGGUUCGACGCGGGUGACGAGGAUGCACCACCGCAUGCGUCUCCUCCUUUACCCCACGCUGCAACGCCUCUUCAGCAUAUUAAAUUUCCUACAGCGGAAGCUUGUAUUGUCACGGCGAACCCGAGCGACGUAGGGCCUCGCGUAGACUACAUGGCGCCAGGUUAUUCUCGGAGCGCGUCCGUUGUCAGCUCUCUAGUAGGAAGACAGGACGAAGACAUAUCGUCGAUCAUGAUGCGCGGGGCGACCGGUUUGAGGAAUGCAAAGUUUGAACUCGAAGAACAGCGCCGAGAGAUAUCCUUCCUCCAGUCGCAACUCGAGAGUGUGAAAGGUGAGAAGGAGGAGGCGCUCAAGCGCCUUCAAGCAGUCAAGGACGCCGCCAAGCAGAGCCUUGAGAAGAGCUCCAAGAGCUUGAGCGCUUUAGAGGACGUCAUGAAUGAACUCAAGACCAAGUCGCAGUCAUCGUUCGAGAUGGUCAUCAAGGCACAGAGUACGCUGCCCGAUGUUCAAGAACUGCGUGAAUCUGUGUCCGAAGCCAUGCGAAGUAUUGAGCCAUUCCUAGACGAGGAUGGGCUGAGCAUCAGGAGUUCUGAGACACGUCGCCUCAUUGACACCAUACAGCUCGAGUGCCAGAAGUCUCAAGAAGUCGCGGACAUGCUGCGCGACAAACUCUCUUGCGUCGGCGCAGAACUCGUCGACGCGAGGAACCGUGUGACCGAACUAGAGAAUGCGCAACUCAUGGACCGUACUGCCCUCCAGGGAUCUUCCCAAAGUCUGGGUAACGCAGGCCAACAGCUAUCCGAGCUGGCAGAAGCGAUGAAGAAGCAACAACGAGAGCUUUACGAUGUCUUAUCGAUUGCUGCGGAGGCCGAUGCAAAACUAAGUGUCUCCAAUGAACGCAUUCAGGCAUUAACCGCAGCACUAGGGACUAAGGACGCUGAGCUGGAGGAAAUGCGCUCGGUCAAGCAUAACAACGAGAAAUUGACAAAUUUGCUCAAGGAAAGUGAAGCUAAGGCUCAUUCGCUGGAACACGUUGCGGAAGAGGUGGACAUGAUACGCAAGCUGUUGGCCGAGAAGGACAUAGCCAUAGCCACAUUCGAAGCGUCUUUGACGGUGAAGGGGGAGCUGGUAGAAGAAAUGAGGUCGAGAGUACUGGUCCUCGAGUCACACAUUGCCAACGACACCGAGAAGAUUCGAGAGCUGACCGGCGGGCUGCAAGAACACAAGGCCCGUGAAGCUUCAGCAUUGAAGGAUGCCGAAUGUCGCAAAUCGGAACACCAGCGGAUGUUUGAGAAGUUCGCCUCUGCUGAGCAGGCACUCGAUGCAGCCAAGAAGGAAUUAGACCUCCGCAAUGAGAAGAUGCAUGAGGCGAACGCGCGUUGCCAGAUUCUCGAAGAACGAUUCGAAGAACAGUCAAUAACCCUCAGAGUAACUCGGGAAGCUAAUGGGGACCUACAGGAGCGCUUGAUCACUACCGAAGCUGCUCAUGCGCGGGCCUUCGAAUCCGCAACUGGGGAUCUCAGAUGUGAAAUCGCUCUGUUGAAGGAGCAGAAUGCUCAGUUGCAGAACAUCGCCAAUCAAUUGGACCUCAAGAUCAAGGGCCAAGAAGACGAACUCUCUGCCACGACGAAUGAGUAUGAAGAAAAGCUGAAGAGCAAAGAGGACCGACACCGUUCCCAAUUAGAUGCUCAACAGACACGAGCCAACGGUGCUGAGCAGGACCUUGCGGCCUCGCGCGCCUUGCUUCAAUCGCUGCAGGAGAACCUAGACAGCGCCUCCUCUGAGGCUCAGAAUCUUCGGGAGCAACUCAGCCAGGCUUUGCUUCCUGACCCAACCCACGGGGAGGAGAUCAAUGCUCUCAAGCAUCGCAUUCAGAACCUAGAGGCAGAGCAGCAUAAGCUCCUUGAACGAGCGAAGACCAUCGAUGUACGAUACAAGCGAGGGGAUCUGAAUGAGGAGGAAAAGACCUUCAUCAAUACUCUGGUGCAGAUGUCGCAAGCUAUCCACGAACAGGAACUCAUCACAAAGGGGAAUGAUCUUCGCCGCCGCGACAACACAAUCAAAGAGCUGCGUGCCAAAGUGCAUCUGCUCGAGUCUUCCCUGGGCAAGCACAUCAAGGCCCAGGUGCAGAAGACGGCGCCCCCAGCAGUCGAGAACCGGUCAAUGAUCAAUCCUGCAGCAUGGACAUCCUCUGAUCCUAGUAGCUCACCGCCUGACUCUAGUCUGCAAGCACCGGAUAGAGAUGUUCCAUCGACGAAUGUGGACAACGCCGUCGCUGCGAAGUCGACACCCGCAACAUCUCGCGUUCCUGUACGACCCGUACCCGCUCUGUCCGCUGUCCCCGUAGCACCGUUGCAAGUGACCCCGGUACAGGGUCAGAAUCUCACUGAACAGGGAAGGAGCGUACAGAGGGCACCAAAGACACCACCUACCCAUCGCCUGCCUGCGCUUGACCCUUUAGGUCACGCUGUUGUCAAGCCUGCUUUUGGCAGACUUGCCUUGGACUCGUCUGACGAAUUACCCGAAGUCGAGGUCCCGCUCGCUACAGUCCUACGGAAGCGAGAUGCGAUGGACUCGCCAUCCAGAGCUACCGAAAGUGUGACUAUGUCGAAGCCGCCUUCCAAACGCUUGAGGACGUCCACGCGCAAAGUUGACGAGCGAACAGGCGAGGCAUCUACCGACAAGGUACGUGGUUCAAAUCAUACGCUGCUACUCACUCGCAUCAACAACCUUCAGCCCCCGGUCGCGGCUUCGGUUUCGAAGACUAGGCCACGCAAGCGGCGUUAAAAUACCAUCACGUCUAUGGACACAUCGAUGAUCGACUGCAGCUGGCAAUACUGGGACCUAGGCGCUCUUAUAUGUGACUCAGGCGGCUCCCUCUAGAACAGUCUGCAUCUGUGAUCUGGUUCUUUGCCUGCUACUGUAUCGUUUCGCGAAGAUCCCCUAUACUCCACACGGUCACUGGAGCAGACAGGCCUCAACACACUGGGAA